AGAAACUGGAAAGAAGCCUCUGUGUGGCGGCUGGUGAGCGGGCGAUAUGAGAUUUGGGAAAGAAUAGAGGGUAGAACAUGAAAACCCGAAAGGAUAAAAACAUGAGACCGAGAAGCAAACGGAGAAAAGGAGCAACAGACAUCCCCCCAUCGACAAGUCUUCCCCCAUUAGUAGAAGGUCAGCUUCGUUGCUUCCUCCAGGUGACAGUCAGUAAAAUCCUCUGGACUAUCCCCAAGCCCCCCACCUCUGUACUUGUGCGACUCAGAUGGUGGGGGGAAACAACAGAUGGCACUGUCUUCCGACCCAGAGACACUUCCCAGACAGAACAAAAAGGUGUGAAGACAACGACUCGCUAUGCUGUCCGCUGUGGACCCAAGCAGUUUACAUCUUAUUUGACGGAUAUGGGAGCACUUGUAUUGGAUGUUAUGACCAAGCUGGAUCACCUUCCUAUUGGUCGUGUUCAAAUAAAUGGGAUCCCACAGCUCUCUCCAACUCACCCACUGAGCGGCUUCUUCACAAUUGUCUCACCAACAUCAGAGAAACUUGGAGAACUACAGGUAUUUGUGGCACUGGAACCCUUGUCAGAGACCUAUGACACUAGCAGCAGCUCUGUAGUUAAUACAGACAUUAGUUUGGAUGGUGGAGUGUCACAGACAGUAAAACUCACUGUCCCCUCAGCUGGCUUCAAAGAGUCUGAGAGCGACAGCAGAGUCACUACACCCAGGGGCAGAGAUCAUUUGUAUUUUCAAAAGAAUGGUGGAUCCCAAGACAACCUAAAUGUGGAGAAAGGUCUCCUGAUAGAGAAUAUGUCCACCAGAAAACAGGUACCUAAUUACAGAACACUGGAGAAAACCUCUGCAGAGCAGCUCAAAGAUGCACAUAAAUCUACCUGCGCGCCUGCUACCAAAGACUUGCUCUCAGCUCUUCUGGACCAAGGAAGCAAACUUAGAGAUGCCAUGGUUGUUUCUGCGCUGAGAUCUGAACCCAGUGUGGAUCGUGAUGUUGAUUCGUUGCUACCUCCCACUCUGAAAAAACAGCCUUACAGUAUUGCAGCAUCAAGAUCUGCACCUGAGUCCUCAUUACUUCUCCAAAAUCUGUUAAAUGUCCAGAAGUCUUCUGCAAGUAGAGACCGUGCUAACCAACCUUCAGACUGCGCACAACCUGAAAUAGACACUCAUAGUGAGACCCGAGCAAUUGAGCUUCUCCUCGGCAGCUCUGCUUUUUCUCAUGGACAUUACUGGGAUGGAGUGGGCUCGCCUCCGGAAUCUGUAUCGGGAGGAAGUGACUUCUGCAAUGAGAGUGAACUUAAUGACCCGCUGUAUGACCAAAGCCUGCUAGAGAAACUAUUUUAUACAGCACCUAAAUCAGACAGCAGCCUCAGUGACUACAUUAAUGAUGAAGAAGAGCCUAAAAUUUGCAGUAAAAAAGCUAAAAAUAAAGUGCUUCAAGCUGAAGAAAAUAUUACAUUAAGGGACACCAGCAUUCAGGAGAUACCAGAAAGAUUACACAGUGAAGUCCCAAAAUCAGAUGCUGUUAAUCUCACUAUGGAUCAGUUGACUCUCUUAGGCCGAAUGCAUAUUGCACGAGUUGUUGUGGAGUCUUUAAGGGUCCCACUAGAGAGUUCACAGAUCACGCCAAGCAAGGGUAGUAGCAGAGGGAAGCCUCCACGGCCGGUGUCUUCUGUUAAACAAACCUACUUUGUAGAGUUCCACUUUCCAGUGUCAUCCAAAAAUAGAGCGGGCGACAUCUCCUUGGCAACUGAAAUCACUCGCCUGGUCUCAAGCAAGAUUGUAGGAGGAUUGGUGAAGUUCCAGCAGCGCUUUGUUUUUCCCAUAAUGUUUAGUGGGCAAAUGAUUGAACACUGGUGGAACACGGAUCUGACGUUUAAGAUCUUUUUGCGGAAGGGAUCCCAGAAAAAGCCAGGCCUGAUUGGCUCUGCCUCAUUUUCCCUUUGUGAUGUUCUGAAAUCGGAGAGUCUGUCUGUGACGUGCAAUCUUCCUGUGCUCUGCAGUGAGGACAAUCAGGAGAAGACAGCUGUUGGUCCAUUAAAGGUUUCUGUAGAGCUUGCAGGAGAAAGCAAAGAUCUUUUAAGCACAACUGAGAAAACUUCUGGAUCAGCAAAGCCGAUGCAAUCAUACCCUCUCCACCAUGGUGUGACCAUCACAAAGCCCGAAUCUCAUCCUGCUGCCGAUACUGAUACUUCUAUACAAGCCAAGUCCAUGUAUUAUGCUCCACCUGUCCGGCAAAGUGAUCUGCAGCAUACUGUAACCGAUGUACAAAGAAUGCCAUUGUCACAAGCCAUAGAAAUGCCACCUGAAGAAGAUGGCUUACUGUUGCACGUUGUUCUCAUGGUGCCUGAGGGUAAAGGGUUAACAACUGCAAGCGCCAACUCUUCCUCAUCGUGUAAUCCCUACCUGAACUGCAAACUCUUCUCUGCACAAGAAGCCACUCGUUCUUCUGUAGCUUGGGGCACAACUCAGCCUGUGUUUAACUUUUCACAGGUUGCUCCUGUUUCUUUAACAAGCCGACUCUUGGAUAGGCUCAAGAACAACGUGAUGAUUAUUGAGGUCUGGAACAAAGUGCCCAGCCCCGGCCAUGACCAGCUGCUGGGACUGGCAAAACUGCCGUUACACCAGUUCUAUAUGUCAUUCAGUGACCGAAAAAUUUCUCGACUGCUGCUCCAAGCUCAGUAUCCGGUAGUUGCUGUCGAUAGUUUUGUUCAAGUGACUGAUGUUUUCAGUGGAGGUGAAUGGGGCAAAUUGAAAGUCUUGUUGGCCAUGGGACUGGGCGACCAAAUAGUUGCACUACAGAGGUUGAAGAAUGAAGAGGUUCCUACUCCAGUCCAACCACAAAGGCCAGCGCACUUUUUAGACCCCCCUCAAGUUUCUGUACAGACAUGUUGGCCCCAGGAGGGAACAAUUGAACACAUUUUUGAUAUCCACGUGGAGAAUGUCAUAGGCCUGACCCCCUUGCAAUCUACCGUAUGGGGAGAGGCUGAUUGCUACGUACAGUACACCUUCCCUGCACACUUGUCCGACUCCAGCAAGGCAGGGGAGCUUCCAGAGGCUGAUAUUACUCUGAAGCCUGUUCGAACAGCUACUACAUUGUGUGUUCCUGAUCCUGUCUUGAAUGACCGGCAGAGCCAUACGCUUGUUGCACAGUCUGAUACCCCCGUACAGCGGCUGCUAUUGAGUGCGUUCUCCACACAAGGCCUAUCUGGCGGAGGAGGGGUGCCUUUUGAAGUCUGGUGCAGGUACUAUUACCCCAAUGUCAGGGACCAAAUGGUCGCCAAGUGCCUCCUGCCUCUGUCUCGUCUGUGCGCCAUGGUUACCAUGCAACAUCGAGAGGAGGUGGGAAUCCAAGCAUUUAGUCUGCCACUAACCCCAAAGAGCAAGGAAUCUGAAGGAUUAGCCCCACAAUCAUUAGGUUUACUCAAUGUGAGUAUAACAUACAGACGCUCCAUAAGGAACCCAGCUGGGAUAUUGGCUACUCGCAUGGUGUCGUUGUCAGUGCAGAUCCACAGAGCGUCCGGUCUGCAGGCAGCUGCCAGAUUGGUGGCGGAGCAAGACCCUACGUUUCAAUACACUGCUGAUGUUGGCGUGAACUCCUAUGUCGCAAUACACCCAUCCUUCCUGCCAGAGGCAGAGAAACGCCUAACACGCACUGUGGCCCGCACCUUUGCGCCAGAGUUUGACCACCACUCAGAGUUCCCCUGUAACCUGGUUAUUCAGAGGAGCGGAGGGGAAAACUGCAGUCUGGCAGAGGUUCUACACUACUCUGAAAUAACUUUUACUAUUUAUCACCAAAGUGUAGCUUCAGCUGCUACAGCCAGAUCUCAGCUGGCCUGCGACCACUUACUGGGAGUGGUGAAGAUACCAACAAAACAGCUGAUUACCAAAAGAUCAGGAGUAAAUGGCUGGUACCCAGUUACGGUUCCCGAAGAUGCCCAGAUUUCCAGCGGUGCUGAUAUAAUGAAGGCCAUUGUGGGCGGCCUUGAGAUCUCGGUUAGGUUUGCCCAUCCCUCAGACAGAGAGCGCGUGCUGGAGGUUGCUCAGGGUCUUGGCUGGAGUGAAGAAGACAGCAGUGAAUCUAGUGUACAUGGAGAUGAUGAGUGGCAGACAAAAGAAGAUUUAAUCAGCCUCUCUGUCGCUAUACCUAAACUAUGGCUGCCAGUGCACUGCUUACUGCUGGCAGGGCAUAAGCACAUUCACAGAAGCACUUACUGUUACCUACGGUACAAACUGUAUGAUAAGGAAGCCGUCUGCUCACCUCUCAAGAGGCCAAAGCUGGCAGAAGAUAGACGACAGGCCACUGUAAUGUUUGAGCAGACUAAGAGCAUAGAGCUGAUACGGCACUGGCCUCUGUUAUGGUAUCUGAGGGAGGAGAGGUUGGAGUUUCAGGUGUGGCUUUCUUAUGGAAAAGACACUAGUGGCCCAAGGCCGCAGGAUACUGACCGCCUCCUGGGAUGUGCUUAUGUGGAUCUUACACCACUCGCAGAAAGAACCUCUAGGACACUUACAGUCAGUGGUGUUUAUCCCAUGUUCAAGCACAAUGUUUCUAAUCUCUGGGGCGCUGCAGUGCGCAUUCACAUUGCGCUGUGUUCAGCUUAUCACCAGUCUGUGUUCACGCAUGACCUGAGCUACAGCAGGGAGAGAAGCUGCAGUGAAGAAGAUGAACCAGAUGACUUCUCUAAGAACCAUGAUGAAGAUUCAUCUGGUAAAGGUCAGAAGCCCCAACCUGAGAUCCCUGUGACAAGCCCAAGCGACCAUAUAGAAGAACUAGAUUUGGAGAGCACGUUUGCUGUGAAUAUAGUGGUGGAGAGGGCGAUGCACCUAAGCUUAAAGGGGAGCCCCUUGACCGAACGGGCAGUGUCUGCUCCUACGUCCUGCGUGUCCUUUUCAGUGGCUGGCAGUGCAACAGCAGUAAUGACACCAAUAAUAGAGAAUACUGACUCGCCAACUUGGAAUUUUCAACAUCAGACUCGACUCAACAAAGAGCUUCUGUUGGACCCACAACAAACCUUUGUCUUCAAAGUGUGGCAUAAAACAGAUGUGGAGCGAGUCCUGGGGUUUGCAUCUGUGGAUCUUUCUCCUCUGCUGUCUGGAUUCAGCUCAGUUUGUGGAUGGUACAAUAUAGUGGACUUUGCUGGGCAGUGCCAGGGCCAAGUAAAAGUAUCCAUCACCCCCUUGGAAAGCAUUGUACAUCUCAAGGAUGAACGAAGGGCCCGAAGUGAAGCAACACAGCCAGAGGUAACGUCACAAAGAUCAUUUCUCUACCAACCAAGGCCUCUGCUGCCCAGUUCAUUCUCCAGUUACAGCAUCGGACAUUCAGACAUCUCAAGGCCACCCAUUCGCCAUGAUGAGCACAUGAAGAAUGUACGCCGGUUCCAUGAAUCCCUUCAGCAAGCAGAGCGUAACACGCGAUCUGCAGAGCAGUUGGAUAUCCUGUCACAGUCCACACGCUCCUCCCUUCUCUCUGCUCUCAGAAAAAACUUGAGUGAGCUUGAUGAUAUCCAGAAGUACUUCAGUCAGAAGCUGUACGGGUCCAUCUCCAGCUCUACUGACCCCAUGGAAGGUCUAUCAAAUCUGAUUCAUAAAACUGAGAAGGAAAAUACAUCAAAUUCAGUUUGCCAUUCUGACGAUUCUGAUGCACAGUUGCUACUCAAAAGGUCCAACCUCCUGGUAUCUCAGGUCAGCAGCCUAAUCACAGAUCUUCAGACAGCACAUAAAACUACAAGAGAGCCCCUCAGCACACCUCAGGGUGGGAGUAAUACUCACAAUGUAGCUAUGAGAGCAGACUCGGGGGUGCAGUACCAGCAGGGUGUAGCUGUUGAACCUAUUAAUUGUGAACAGCCAAUCUCAGAUGAUAUUGAAAGCCUCCAUAGGGAUACGCCACCAUUUCAUUUAGCGGAAUUACCCUCUGAUGAAGAAGACAAUCUGGAGGAGGGUUUGGAGCAAGGACUGAAUGAAAAAGAGGAGCAGCUAGAGGCGGAGCAGCAUUGUGAUCAAGCUGAACUUAAUGCCGAUUAUUGUAGUGAUGAGGACUAUGAGGAAGAUUUUAUUGAGCCAAGGACUCUUAAUGAAAUAACCACCAUGACUGACAGAACCAGCCCAUGGUCUAGUAUUUUAUCAGAUGCAGAGUCAGAUUCGAUGGAGCAGCGGCUGAGUAGACGUCAAACACAACCAGUGGCAACUUCAUUUAGUGAAAAUCAUUCUGAAGAAACUGAACUUUUGCCAGAUUUGGAAUAUAAUCAAGUACUUGUUCCAAUUUCCACAACCUCUGAGGACACCGAUGGAGAUUCUGAACCCAGAGUGUUAAAUGACAACACAAAGCCAGAGAUACAUAAGUCACAGCCCUUGGCACGGUAUAGUAUAGAAGACCAUGUAAUGCAGGAGUCUCACACAGAUGACAUUAAUAAGAUAAGAGAGGAAGGCCCAGAAGAACCUUACUCCAUUUUCCGGAGAGAGUCUACUGGAGUGUCCUCCUCUAGUAGUGAUACUGAAGAUUACCAACCAUCUCAUGUAGGCAACACAAGGUCCUCUAUCUCCUCUGUGGUUCCCCAGUCUGAGGAGUCAAAGUCAGAUUAUCCAUCUUCACGCUCCAGAUCUUCAGAACAGGUGGCAAGUCUUUCUGAAGAUAAUGAGGAAGAACUGAAUACUGAGCCUGAAAGUACAGCGGUAAAAUCCACUGGUUUAUUACCUGAACCAGUACUUGUUCCAAAUUUCUUCCUUCCGCCCCAGCACUUAGAAGCUUCGAUGAGGUUGCUAAGCUUAUCGCCUUCUCUACCUGUGACCACAACCCACAAGACUGGUAGUGAAACUCAGAUCGCCAAAGGAAUACCGUUCAGACGACACGCUCGUCAGAGACAUGUGCUGACAUCUGAAAAUCUUCCCAAGGAAGAAACUGAUCGAAUUGCAAGAAUAUUUUCUUCACAGUUUACCAAAAAAAAGUAAUCCUGUCAUUCUAAGCAUAGUCAGGCCUAGAAUAGCAAAGUCCAUCUAGGACCAAUGCUGAUAUCUUUAUUUGUGUCAGUACUUUGUCCAAACAUGGGUUAUCUCCAGCUAGAUCAGGUGUAACAUGAAAGACUUUGUUCUCUGAUAUCUCCAGCCAGGUCAAGACUAAUAUUAAUAUAUAUCCAGGGCAAUUAUUCUCCAUUUAGGUCCUAAUUAGAAUCAAGUCACCUAAACACAGGGUUCUUGAUUUACAAUCCAGAUCAAGUAUAACACUAAAGUCCUAGGUACAGUCUAGUCAGGAAAACCAGUAAAGAUCUUCUAGUACCGGUUUUGUAAAUCUCCAACUAAAGUCCAUGUCAGCCCAGAUUUGAGAAAGUCAGGUCAGGCAUAAAAAUUAAACGUUGUUCAUUUAGUUGUAGAGAACAAAGGAAUCCUUGCACACAUGGCGCCACUGGUUUCUAGAGUUUGAUAACGGCAGGUUAUCUGGCAUUACAUGAUGUGCUAUUUAUUUAUAGAUCUUACAGGACGAUCUAUUUAGUGCCCAUGUUCAAAACGGUUUUUAAUACUGAAUGUAAAUAUGUCGUUUGGCUCUUCCUCUGUAAAUGUACAUUAUGUUUAUGUUGUGUGAAAUAGUGUAAAGCAACGAAAUCCUUAAUAUUUGUAUAAUAAAUAUAUUUUUAUAGCUGUUUUAUUUUUCUGCUCUUUGUAUUGCGUUUUAAACAAAAAAAAAUCUCCUGUGCUUUUAUGUUUAUUUAUUAAAAUUAUCCAUUUGAAAUUA